AUGGAUGACAUUACCACAGUCCCCGGCGAGCCGGAGCUCGGGGAGUUUGCCAACGGCUGGCUUGAGGAGGCAGAAAUUGAGGAUAUGGCCGAGCCCUGGGAGAAGUAUCAACCAAAUGACAACUCCCGUGUCCUCUACCCCAUUUGUCUGGGUGAGGUCCUCAAUGGGAGAUAUGUUGUUGAGCACAAACUCGGCUUUGGGGGUGGGUCUACCGUUUGGAUGGCCCAUGAUAUCCAUGAAUUCAAGGAUGUGGCUCUCAAGGUUCUAUCUUUGGGGGGCUGGGGGGAGAACGAACUUCGCAUGCAACACGAAAUCCUUCAAAAUGUGAAAGAUACGACUCACAUUGCGACAUUUUUGACGACCUUCCUCCUGCCCACGGAUGUGAGAUCUAUCCAGCACAGGGUUCUGGUCUUCCCCCUUCUGGGCCCAUAUUGUGACUUCGGAAAGCAUCGGGACAUUCCUAUGGCCAGUCGAAUGUCCGCUGCUCGGCAAUUACUGGAGGCUCUGGAGAAUUUACAUGAAGCCGGAAUCAUUCACCGCGAUGUGAACGACAGGAAUUGCAUGUGGGGAAUGGCUCCUCUUAAUCAUCUCGAUAGGAGUGCCAAAUACGAGGCACUCGGUCGCCCUUUAAAACAAAGAAUACCCGGCCCCGACUUAUGGAAGAAAGGAGAGCUUGUCACUCCUGUGAAGAUUCCCGAAGCCUUCCGCACAGAGGACUUUUAUCUCAGUGACUUUGGCAUAGCAAAGAAGGUUGGCGACCCAACAACUCAGCUUGGCUAUCCCCCGGAAGACUUUUGCUCCCCAGAACGCAUCCAUGGGAAAGACCCAAGUUUUGCUUGCGACAUGUGGAGUUACAUGGUUGUCUUCUCCGUACUCUACCUCGGUAUCCCCCCUUUCUACAAUGCAUUCGAGGAUGGAGUAAUGGGUGAUAUUGUCCGACAGUUGGGCCCCUUGCCUGAGGAGUGGAGGGGACUUUUCCUUGACUUUGAAGAUGGAGAAGGUUUUCCUGAAUCCUGGUAUGAUCAAUCUCAAAAACCAGAUACGGACUGGAAUAUUCCUGCCAAAAUUGCACUCCUUCGCCCCGAUGCCGAUCAAAUUGAGCAAGGCCAUGUGCAUUCUGUCAUGUCCAGGGUCUUCUCCUACCGACCAGAGGAGCGCCCGACCGCAGCAGACCUCCUCAAGGACCCUUCCUUCCGGGCCAUCAUGGACAAUUAUGGCUGUUGA